AUGCUUCUUCGGGUUGCUGUUAUCUCCACUGUUCUGUUGGUCGCUAAAGCUCAAUGGCCUCGAUGGGGUUAGUAAAACCAAAAUUUAGAAAUUGGGAUUUUAGAGGAGAGGACAUUGGACUGUUCUAAUGUGGCCAAGUCCCAGCAAUGCACACUCGUCGCCCCCAAUGCGAAGGUGCCUCGAGAUCCGGCCAAAUAUAAAUGUAGAGUGGAGCCAAUGCCUCAGACCGAAUGGAAUCAUCUGGCCAGAAAUUCUAAGAUCAGAAUUGCCUGCCCUAUCGGGUGUGAGCCCGAUGCCGAUCUUUCUGUAAGCCUCUAAAUGAUGAAUAAUUAAUUUCUCAGGUUAUCCAAAAGAAACCUUACGUCAACUCAAACUGUCAAAAGUAUUAUACCUACGGAAAAUACCGUGACACUAAAGAGAAUGAAUGGUAUCUCUGGAUCACCGACCCUUGCGUGGCCACCCUGACUACUCACUGUCGUUUCAAGGACAUCCCUAUUCAUCCCGAGGCCAACCCUUCAACUGAAGCUCCAUCUUUCCAACGCCGAACUUGA